AUGGACUCUGAUUCAGAAAAUGAGGGUGCUCUUCCUUGUUGGGAUGAUGAAGACAGGCAGUUCUUUUCAGAAGGAUAUUCUAGUGGUGGUGAAAAUGAUGUAGAUGAUGAAAUGUUACCAGAGGAGUCCUCAGUGGAAAAACAUGAAAGCUCCAUGCAAUCAGAACAGCAACUCUCGGUUAGUUUAUAGAAUAUUAUUGGUUCAUACGGCAAACUAAUACAAAAAGAGCAGAUCAUAACAUUGCCAUCUCUCUUAAUGACCCUCAUAACAUGGCUUUUGCUCUUAAAUCACUCUUCUUAGCUUAGGUAGCUUAAUCUCUCAUAAACCAAUAGAAAAAUGUUUUCUGGGGAUUACUUUUCCAACUUAAGCUAGGUUUUACUGUUUUAUCUAAGGUAAAAAUUUAGAUGAGGAAAGUGCCUCGUCUUGCCUCAGGCUACAGUGUGGCUACUGCCCUGCUUUUAUGUGUAAAAUUUCUUUUAGUGAAAUAUUUUGAUAUUCAUUUUAUUCACAAGUGAUGUAAAUACAUGCAGAAUGAUGUACAUGUAUACUGAACCUUAAGUACUAUUUAUUGCUAUUGUUUCUGAUGUACUGUUAUUUCAUUUCAGGAGGAUAAUCUAGAACAGUAUUCUCAUGAAUGGAAAACAGUGCAAAAAAAAUGUGGUAAACAGAAGGAACCAGGAAGUGAUUGCAAAGAACUGAGGGCUUUGCUUUUAUUCUUACCUCUGUGGCAGGCAAUGUUCAAAGUUGCAGACAGGGCUAUUGUUCUAUUCUUAAAGCUAUUCUUAUCUGGUAUUGGUAAGAUGAUGCAAGCAGAAGUUCUUAUUAACUUUGCUAAGAUCAUUCCAGAAACAUUGUACAUGAUUCGAAAAAAUCUUGGCCUUCAGAAGGACAGUUUUAUUAAAAAUGCAGUUUGCCUCAAGUGUUAA